UUUUUUCGUUAUUAAGCAAAAAGCUUUUCUUCUGCUGAGAUAAUGGAGCUAGCGUGGGAGAACUCGUGUACGUAUGCCUAUCUACUUGCGUCCCCACUAACGCCCGCGUGCUGCAAACUGCGUCUUCUCCUUCCCAAGUCGCUUGUUCCUCCGUCGGUUUUUCUUGCACGCUCUAAUUCACUCUUAUUAUGUCACUGCAUGCACGUGAACCAGACUCAGAAGGCUACGGCCUGAACCAAGGGUGUGUCUCGACUUUUUCAGGCACAAUUCACCGCUUCCAGCUGCCAAUCUAGACGCUAACGAGCCUGUUGUGUUGCUCUAACAGCUACGGCGAUGAGGCAACGGCUCUGACGGGCGAGAACAAGCCUCGCAUCCUGCUCAUGGGUCUGCGCAGGAGCGGCAAGUCGAGCAUCCAGCGCGUGGUGUUCCACAAGAUGUCGCCCCACGAGACGCUCUUCCUCGAGGGUACCAACAGUCUCGACAUCAAAUACAUUGCCAACAAUUCGUUCGUGCAGUUCCAGAUCUGGGACUUUCCAGGAGACUACGACUUCAAAGAGGACCUGGUGUACGGUGGCCAGCUCGUGAACGAGGAGAUGAUCUUCAGCAACUGCGGCUCCAUCGUGUUCGUCAUUGACGCGCAGGACGAACCGUAUGCGGAGGCAUUGGCGCGUCUGCAUGACACAGUCACACGUGCGCACAGGUACAACCCGGACAUCCUGUUCGAAGUGUUCAUCCACAAGGUGGACGGCGACCUCUUUCUCUCCGACGACCACAAGAUCGACUGUCAGCGCGAGAUUCAGCAGCAGAUCAUGGACGAGAUCAACGACGGAGAGCUCGACAUCCACAUGAGUUUCUAUCUGACCAGCAUCUACGACCACUCCAUUUUUGAGGCAUUCAGCAAGGUCGUGCAGAAGCUGAUUCCGCAGUUGCCGACUCUUGAAAACCUGCUCAAUAUCCUCAUCACGAGCUGCAACAUGGAGAAGUCGUUCCUGUUCGACGUCGUGAGCAAGGUCUACAUCGCAACGGAUAGUAACCCUGUCGACAUGCAGUCGUACGAACUGUGCAGCGAUAUGAUCGAUGUCGUCAUCGACGUCUCCUGUAUCUACGGAAUGAAAGACGACGGGGAGGGCGACGGGUUAGCGUACGAUUCCAAGUCAUCGUCGGUGAUCAAGCUCAACAACGGAAUGGUUCUGUACCUCCGAGAAGUGAACAAUUAUCUGGCUCUGGUGUGCUUGUUGCGCGCCGAGAACUUUAUGAAGCAAGGAAUUAUCGACUACAACAUCGACUGCUUCAAGUCAGCUAUUGGCGACGUGUUCAAGGCACCGAAGGCGAUCGAAUAGAUCGAUUACCUCUAAAACGCCCCGUGUUGAGUUCCCAGAUCACCCCGGGUGGGCAAAAAGAGAGGCACUAUCGCUGUUAUUCUGCUAAAUCGAACUUUGGCUGUUUUCGUUUUUACAGAACUCGAAAGGUUUAUUGACUCUAUUCCGUUAAUUCGGCGUCUUAUAAGAUUGGGCUCUAUCUACUCUACCCGGAUAGCGACGUCAUUCGACUGUGCACUCGUGGCGUUGCUGAGUGACAUCGCCAUGGACUGCAUCACCACAUCGCGGAUCCGUGUGUACAGCGCUGGAUUCUGCUCCUGCAUCGCCUCGUACGUCUCGCGACGCAUCUCGAACACCACGCAUGGUUCCGUCGCAGUUGCCAUCGCUUGCCUCUGUUGGCGACCGAAGUAGUCCACCUCUCCGAAAAGAGAUCCCGACAACACAUUGACUACAUUGGACUCGAUCGACGAGCUGCGGUCGAGAGCGACACAACCAGCUGCGAGGAAGUAGAAGCGGUCUGCCGGUUGUCCAAAGCUGUAGAAUUCAUGCCCUGCAGGCACCUCGAGUUUCUGGAAAAACUGGUCGGCUGUCAAGUCGUCAAGAGCGAAGUACUGCAACAGCUCACUAAUGCCAUCGUCAUGGUGGAUACUGCUGCGACCUGGCGUCGCCUUGGCGUUGCCGGCACUGGCCAAAAGUUGGUUCUCACAGAGCUCGAGAGCCGAGUCUGCACUCGAAUAGAAGCUCUCCUCGCCAGUGAUCUUGUUCUUGACCAGCACGCUCUUGACAGAGGGCAGCGCACCAGCGUACACGACGGUGAUGUCGUGGUUGUUGCAGUACUUCUGCAGGAUCAGGAACGCGCUGCGUGCGGCCGUCGCGUCCAUCGCCGUGACGUUCGUGAAGUCCAUGACGACGUACUCGGUCGGGACUGCGUCGGGGUUGGUAGCUGGAGUUCCAUCCAGACACUCGAUCAGCGGUAUCCGGUGUUCAGUGGGAGUCAAAGGCAUGUCCGCGUCGCUGAGAUAGUCAUCUCCACCUUCGACGCCCGGUAGUUUCUUACGCACAUAGACUGCCUUCUGGACGAUGUCGAGGAUCUGCACUGACGAACCGAAGAAGAGGAAGCCGCUCAGUUCGAAGUACGCGAUCACAUCUUGCUUCUGGUCCAGUACCUUGCGCUCCGAGAGAGUGCGAGCUGCACCGGACGCGCGAGGCUUCCGACUCACUACAGGCAGACGAAUGUAGCCCAGCAGGAAGUUGACAAUAGCAAUGCCCACACCAAUGAGCAUGCCUUCGUCCAGCGCCACGAGAUUCACGGCCACGAACGUCAUCCACAGCACCGCAUACUCGCGCAACGACAUUUUCUUGAAGGUGAGGAUGAGCCACUCGAUCAUGAGGUCGAUCGCGAUGAAGAUCAACGUGGCGGCGAAGAAGAAGCGAGGCACGUAGCUCAUGACGGAUACAGGGGCCAAUACAAUGGCGAACUCCGAGAUGAUCACACAGACACCGACGAUGCGCGAGUUGGUCUUGGAACGGUACGUGAAGAUGGUCUGCGAGAAGAUGUAGGAGCCCGUGUAUCCUCCCAACAAGCCGCUCACGACGUUGGACCAGCCGACGGUCUUGAGUUCGUGGUUGAAGUCUAGUUUGCUGCCCAUGUCGAGCUCGAUAGCGGCGAUAUCCAAGCAGGACGAGAACGCGACGAUGAAGACCAUACCGAUCCACGUGCCGAACUGCUUGGGUAGUUGUUCCCAGUGAACCUCAUUGAAGUCGAAGAGAUCGAGCAGCUCCGAGACGGUGGCGGGGUCUUUGGCCGGGUCGAUCCAGCCUCCAUCACGUGCAUCGUCCAUGGAAAUGCCGCCCACCAGCAUGAUGAAGAAGAAGACGACGGGCAUGAUCAUGAUCGCUGCAGACAGGAUGAACGAGUUGUCGUAACGCUGCGAAACGACCAGCAGGAAAGCGCCACCGAGGACACCCGGGACACACAGCAGAACGUCGUGUGCAUUGCCGAAGACGCUGAUCAUGGACUCCAUAUCGUUCACGACGAGACCCGUACACAACGCGAGACCAGCGUACAAGCAGAAGAUGCCGAUGAAGGCCAAGUAGCCACCGAUCACGGGCAUCGGCAGGUACGACGCAAGUGCAGCCAGCUUCAGCUUUCCCAUGAUCACAAGACAGACACCGAGGGAUGCAGUAGCAAUACCGAUGACGAUGAUAGAAGUGGUCACUUUGGCCUCCAGCGGCACGUCGUUGCCCAGCGAGUCACAGAUCGAGGUGGCCAUAGUACUGAGAAAGAUGAGACCGGCAUCUUGCACCUGUCCGAUGGAGAACGGCAGCGAGCUCAUGAGCGUGAACAUGACCUGAUGCACGACACUGGAGAAGAUGACGAGCUUGGAUAGCGCCGGCAUGAAGUCUUCGAAGUCUUUGUGGCUGAAGAGGAUAACGGCGUAUCCGUACAUGGUGGGGAUGGUCAGGAUGGAGUUGAUAAUGCCGUACAUGACCGCGUUUGUGAUGUGAGCUACAUUCUGCGAGCCGCCCUUGUGUGGAUCCGAUUGCAUUUUACCAUUGGUCUGAAGCAGCACGUGCGACGGAGACUCGAGGUUUGUUUUUCGUGCCUUCUCACGCGUAAUGGAGACCACCGAUAGCUGGGAUAGUUGAGAGAUUCUACUGUUGCCAUGGUUCAGGGACUCCAUCGUUGAUAGAAUCGGGCGAGCAGCACAAGACUAUCGUAGACGAUUCUCAGGUGGCGCGAAGGAAAAUGGCAAAAACCAGAAUGAGCAGUAGCUCAGAGAGACAAGCUCUCGAUGACACCGUUGAUUUGACGGAGCCGCAAUUUUGUUUUUGUUGAACUGAACGAUCCGUAUGGCUACAGUCUGCCUCGGUUCGUCGUCGAUUAAUCGAUCAAAGCGUGCGCAGAAGCACAUGUAUAAUAGAGGCCAUCCGUUUGAAGCCAGGCGAUCA